UCACACCAAUAAUUUUAGACUGCAGAGUACAUUUAGUUCCAUAUAGAAUAUGCUAACUUCUUAGUUCUUACUAUAAAUCUAGCUCAACUCAGUUCUCAAUUCUCACUCAUCAGAUCUUUCUCAAAAGCAGAGACUAAAAACCGUUUUAAAACAAGCGGGAAAGAAACAAAACAGAGUAAACACAAUCUAGAAACAGAGUCACAUGAUGGGAUCUUCGGCUGAAAUACCGAUCACUCCGGCGAUAAUCUCCGACGAAGAGGCUAAUCUCUUUGCUAUGCAGCUCGCUACUGCCACCGUGCUUCCGAUGGUUCUGACAUCGGCCUUAGAGCUCAACCUGCUCGAGAUCAUAUCCAAGAAUGCUGAUCUCCCUGGGGGCCAACUCUCCUCUGCUGAGAUAACUUCCUAUCUCCCGACCAAGAACCCUGAUGCUCCAGUCAUGGUCGACCGGAUCCUCAGGUUGCUUGCGUCUUACUCCAUCUUGACCUGCUCUGUCCGUAAGCUUCUUGACGGCGGCGGCGUGGAGCGUCUUUACGGACUUGCACCGGUUUGCAAGUACUUGACAAAGAACGAAGAUGGAGUUUCACUCGCUGCACUCUGUCUUUUGAACAGAGACAGGGUCACAACGGAGAGCUGGUACCAUUUGAAAGAUGCAGUUCUUGAAGGUGGGAUUCCAUUCGAGAGAGCAUUUGGUAUGGAUCCUUUUGAGUACCAAGGGACUGACCCGAGAUUCAACAAUGUGUUCAACACUGCAAUGUCUAACCACACCACCAUCGUCAUGACCAAGAUUCUGGAGACCUACAAAGGCUUUGAGGGGUUGUCUUCCUUGGUAGAUGUUGGUGGUGGCAUCGGAGUCACUCUCCGUAUGAUUCUCUCCAAGCACCCACACAUCAAAGGCAUCCUCUAUGAUCUACCUCAUGUCAUUGAGGAAGCUGUUUCCUAUCCUGGUAUUGAACACGUUGGAGGAGAUAUGUUUGUGAAUGUUCCUAAAGCAGAUGCCAUCUUCAUGAAGUGGAUAUGUCAUGAUUGGAGCGACCAACACUGCUUGAAACUUCUCAAGAACUGCUAUGAAGCGCUCCCGGACAACGGGAAAGUGAUAGUGGCGGAAUUCAUACUUCCAGUGGUGCCAGACUCCAGCCUCAUGACAAAGGAAGUUGUCCACAUGGACUGCCUCAUGCUGGCUCACAACCCUGGAGGCAAAGAAAGGACAGAGAAGGAGUUUGAGGCCUUGGCCAAAGAUUCCGGUUUUCAGGGCUUCCAAGUUGUCUGCAGAGCCCAUGGUACUCACAUCAUGGAGUUCCUCAAGAAGAUAUGAAAUGUCUGUCUGAAAGCAUGCGUUAAUGUAUAAUCAUGUGGCUCCUUUUGUUUCCUUCCAAGUUUUGGUUUUACCUCCAUUGUUGAAUAUCUUGUAAAAUAUUGGUUUCCUUCCAAGUUUUGGCUUUGUUGAAUAAAAUAUUGGCUUUGUUUGUGAUUAA